AGGUAACUUUGCUUUAAAGACGUAUACAUACGCAAUCAUUUAUACUAUCCUAACAUUACAAGGGGACAUCUGUGGGGAGAUCGUUUAGAGAUACAAUGGCCGAGAAUGGAAAAACCCAGCCUGUCACUCCCGAGGAGAAGUUGCAGCUAAUAAAAAGAAACCUUCAGGAAAUCAUUGGUGAAGAUCGCCUUCUUGAGGCCUUGAAGACACAGGAUGUGAAGGUUUACUGGGGAACAGCAACAACAGGCAAGCCUCAUGUGGCCUAUUUUGUGCCUAUGUCCAAAGUAGCUGACUUUCUAAAAGCUGGCUGUGAGGUGACAAUUCUCUUUGCUGAUCUUCAUGCUUACCUGGACAACAUGAAGGCACCCUGGUCACUCCUGGGCCUUCGAGUUGAAUAUUAUGAAAAUAUCAUCAAAGCUAUGUUGACUUCUAUUGGAGUUCCACUGGAGAAGUUAAAGUUUGUCAGAGGAACCGAUUAUCAGCUAAGCAAAGAGUAUACUUUAGACGUUUACAGACUAUCCUCAAUGGUGACGGAUCACGAUGCCAAGAAAGCUGGAGCUGAGGUUGUGAAGCAAGUUGAUCAUCCUCUACUUAGUGGCAUGCUUUAUCCUGGUCUCCAGGCUCUGGAUGAAGAGUACUUAAAAGUGGAUGCACAAUUUGGUGGUGUGGACCAGAGGAAGAUCUUCACAUUUGCUGAAAAGUACCUUCCACAGUUGGGCUACAAAAAGAGAAUUCAUCUAAUGAAUCCCAUGGUCCCUGGGCUCACUGGAACAAAAAUGAGCUCCUCAGAUGAUGAAUCCAAAAUUGAUUUGUUAGACAGUGCGGCCCAGGUUAAGAAGAAGUUGAAGAAGGCAUUCUGUGAGCCCGGCAAUAUCAAGGACAAUGGUGUCUUAUCAUUCGUCAAGUAUGUCCUGUUGCCACUAGCCAAGGAUGAGGAAUUCGUUAUCGAGAGAUCUCCUGAAUUUGGUGGUGAUGCUGCUUACAAAACGUUUGAGGAACUAGAAGCCGCCUUUGCUAAAGAGCUUAUUCAUCCUGGAGACCUGAAAAAUGCUGUGACGAAGUACCUUAACAUACUAAUGGAACCUGUUAGACAGGCCUUCACUACCCCCGAGAUGAGGAAGUUAACUCAGCAAGCCUAUCCUCCACCAGUUAAGCAGAAGGGGCCAAAGGCACAGCCAAGCUCAGCCAGUGAAGAAUUGUCACCCGCUGCCUUAGAUCUGCGGAUAGGAAAAAUCAUUUCUGUCAAAAAGCAUCCAGACGCGGACUCUCUAUAUGUUGAAGAAGUUGACCUAGGGGAGGAGGCGCCAAGAACAGUCGUGAGUGGUCUGGCCGGGUUAGUUCCAAUGGAGGAUCUCCAGGGAAGAUUAGGAGUAUUCUUAUGUAAUCUCAAGCCGCAGAAAAUGAGAGGGAUUGAAUCAAAAGCCAUGUUGAUGUGUGCUUCCAUGGAUGAGCCUCGGGCUGUAGAGCCCCUGGAUGUGCCCACAGAUAGCCAAGUUGGCACCAAGGUGUUUUUUGAAGGAUAUGACGGUAAAUCUGAAGGCGAAUUAAAACCCAAGAAAAAAGUAUGGGAGACAAUUCAGUCGGACCUAAAAAUAAAUGCAGAAUGCGAGGCCCAAUGGAAAGACAACCAAAUGAUGACGAAAUUAGGAAAGAUCACAUGCAAGUCGCUAAAGGGAGCACCUAUAAAAUAGGACACCACAGUCGAGAUAUGAAGGGCUUGAUUCAAGUCUGUCUGUAACAUUUUAGACAUUCGUUAUUGUGCUAAUUUCAAAUUGCCCGUCAUUUUUGUCUUUAAUAGGACUAUUACUCAAGUGUCAUAUACUACUGGGACCGUCUUUGCAGUGGCCUGGUCAUGUCACAUACUAUACCACUACUUGCGCUCUACUCCAUUUCAUGUGGGGUUGGCGACAAAUGAUUGGCGGUGAUUCACUUCAUAUUGCUUGUUAUGGGCCCCAGACCCACAGUCUGGGGACCAUAUUGAGAUUGCUGGAAGUUCUACAUUCUUCUAUCUGUUCACCCACAAACAUUAUUGUGAGUGUUCUCUAAAACACCUAAAUAAACCAAAAAUCUUUCUUCCGUAUACCACCAAACAUAACCCCAACCAUUCAACGUCACCAAAGACUUUUCGAAAUUUGGGUUCAUUUUGAUGCUUUUGAAGCGUUUUUAUGCGCCGAUUUUCUGAUUUGCUUUCAAAUCUCCGGCACGAUUCUGUCAAUCCAUGCAAUCACACGUACACUAGCAUGAGCUCCGCCCCGUAAUGGUGACGUCAUAUCCUCAUGCAUCAUGGCGGCGGUAUCUCUUUGCCGAAGUGGGGGAUCCCCCGAAGUGGCGAGCUGUCGAGUAUUUUGAGCAAAGAACGACGGUUGAAUGUAGGAAUAAAAUAAAGGAAUAGCCUUAAAUGCUUAUCGAUGAUCCAUCCUGCCCAUCUGAAAAGGUUAGGGUGUUGUUUAAAUGUUAUUGAGCGUGUGAUUUUGAGAAAGCGCGAGCGUGUUUGUCCGGAAAUAGAUCAUCCGCGAAACGGAAUAGACUUCAAUCCUCCAUACGUGUACUGUGUGGGCCCGUGGGGGCUAUCAAAUUUGCUGACAAGCAAAUUUCAAUUAAAUUUCUAGUAAUCUCUUGUAUCUUAGUUAUUCAUAUUCUAUCAAAAGUAUAAAAAAGGAUUUAAUUGAAUUGUCAUCUCAAAACAAAACGUAGUACAGUAGACCUCACCUUAGUCGAACCUAUUGGGACCAUAGAUUUUUCUUCGACUUACACAAAGUCUACUUAGGUGAUGAUUAUUCAAAAGAAAAGCAUGAAAUUUGCUUCAGCGUAAUCAGAUCUCGGCAUAUGCAAGUUCAACUUUGGCAAGGUUGACUGUAUCUUCAAUUUUCAUGACACGGCAUACCUUUUCAAAUGACAACUCAAUUAUUCCUACAUGGACCAAAGCAGUUGUGCCUGCCAUGAAAACCACCACCACUAGCCAAUUCUGAGGAAAACCAGAUGCUGCUACUAUGUUAGUCCUAUGGACAACUCCAAAAUACAGAAGUACUUGAUUUAAUCCCACAAAGCAACUACCUUCUUUGCUCUUCUACCCAGGUGCCUCCCUACCUCACAACUUCCAUUGUACAUCUUCACACCUCCCUCAACCCUAAUUAGUGGGGACCAUUCAAUUUGCUGCCAAGCAAAUUCAUAGUUCUAGUUCUUGGAAAUGCAUUUAGUGAAGUGAGUGUUCUUAGAUACAUUGUACUUCUGACUUAGAUAUUUCACACGGAAGAAUACACUUUGUUCAACUGUUAUCCGUAUGAAACCAUUAAAAAACCUUUUGUCGUUAAAUGGAUCAAGUAGUGCAUUGUGCCCAUAUAUACAUGUAUGUUGUACUUGUGGUUUCUCAAAUUGAUCAUAGAGGUCUCCCUAAAUGCUUGGAGACUCAAUGUUGGGCUUUCUUUUAUGCAGAGUUCACCUACCCAGAUACGCUGUACUUCUCAUUUAUCCUAGGCUGGCAAGAGCUUGGGCAACUCUCAUCCUUUCAUGCCACUCAUAUCAGUUCUUUGCUAUAAAAUCUAUGAUAGUUGAAUAAAGCUAACUUAUUACA